UGAAUGUAAAAGUUAAGCAAAUAGCGAUCUCCCUUUUUGUUUUAAUUAGAUGGGCAACUACUUCUUAAUCGCUUUCUUGCUCCUCUGCUUUUCGCCAUCACCCAAUUGGAUCCAAGCUUCAUCUCCGGGCCAAUCUCAGGAUCUUGAAGAUUGUACACAUAUAAGAAAAAAUCAGCAACAUGAGCAUGCUAAUGAGGUACAUUGCUCAAGAGAGAGGAGCAGAGCAGCAUGGAAAGUUAUUGAUGAGUAUCUCAUGCCUUUUGUGGAGAAAGAGAAGUAUCAAAUUUCAAACAAGUGUAGACUUCACCCAGAUAAUGAUAUGUUCAGGGAUCAGGAACUGCACAAGAUAAAUCACGACGUAAAUGAAUGGAGAUGUGGCUACUGUAAAAAGAGCUUCUAUGCAGAAAAAUAUAUUGACAAGCAUUUUGAUAACAGACAUUAUCAUUUGCUAAAUGCGACAGAGGGAAAUUGUCUGGCAUACUUGUGUGGAGCAUUACACUGUGAUCUUGUGAUGGAUUUGCAACCACGAAAGACCAAGUGUAAUCCAGCUUCAGCCGUGAGAAAUCGCCAUCUAUGUGAGACUCUUGCUGACACUUGUUUUCCUGUUACCGGAGGUCUAUCAGCCAGUCGCCUUCAUGAAUUUUUCUUGCACCAGUUCUGUAAUGCACACAGUUGCUCUGGAGGUCAAAAACCCUUCUCUAGAGGUGGCAAGACACGGACGAAUGCUUUCUAUGUUGUCAUUUCAGUUUUGGUUUUAAUGCUGCUGCCACUGUUCUACGGCUUUGUCUAUUUGUAUCAGAGGGGAUUGAAAAUGAGUACUCAAGAUCUAAGACGAAUAUCACGUGCUGGGCGUAAGAAGAAGCCCUCAUGAGUCAUGACCCUUGCACAUAUGUUUUGUUUUUGGAUUAUAUUCGAUGUUGUUGUACGUGACACUUUUUUUCUUUGGAGGGAGCACAUAUAGAGAAGUUCAAUUGUUGGUGUAUAAGUAUGACAAGCUCUAUCAGCUUUCUUUGGGUGGUGGUUUGGGGCAGGGGGUAAUUUGUGGCUUAUGUAUGUUGAGGGCGGAGAGGCGGCAUGCUGUGAUGUGUGAGCAAACACAUCACAGCGCCAAACAUACACCAUUUCUUUUUAAAAAAAAGUACCAUUCAUUAAAAAAAGAGUAUCAUUUCGUUAAAUAGAGUACCAUACCAUUUCGAUUAAAACA